UCGAGCGAACGCGAAAAUGUUCUUCGAAAGUUGGUGGCUGAAUAUCAGCAUAGCUCUCGCCUUGAUCGUCGCGCUCACUUUAGAUUAUGUCACAAAAUUCUUCAGCUACUGGUAUGUUAGACACAUACCCUACAAGCCAAGCAUCCCUUUCUUCGGUAGCGACUAUCACAGAGUGCUUGGAAUCAAAAAUAAUACAGAUGAAGUAAACACACUCUACUCCCAACACCCAAAGGAAGAUUUCGUCGGAUCAGUCAAAUGCAGAAUUCCAGAUCUCAUUGUAAGGAACCCAGAUCUCAUAAAAGAAGUACUGUCUACGGAAUUCGAUAGCUUCAAAAGCAGAGGACUUGACUUAGACAAAUCUCAGGAUAUUUGUUUAAGAAACAAUUUGUUUUACGUCGAUGGUGAAAAAUGGACUGUACUGCGUGAGGGAUUGGAAUCGUUGUUGAAUGACUCUACUCUAAACGAAGACUGUUUUCUUGGAAGUUUGUCAGGAACAAAUGGAAAUAUUAAAGUACAACACUUACUGUCAAAGGUACUGGAUGUUGUUUUCAAAGAUAUGCUUUUAAAAGACGUAAACGAAUCUGUUAUCACUGAAUUAAGAACAGCAUUUCAGAAUCGUUCCUUAAAAGAUAAAUGGCUUUAUUAUUUGAAAAACAUCUUCCCUUCUGUUUAUGUUUUUCUUGGCUUAUCAACUUUAUUUGGAGUACCUUCAAAAAAAUCGACUCAUGCAAUUCAACAAGCUGAAUGGACGAAAAAAAUCGAAUCUACGUUUAAGGAUAACAAAACGUUGAAAAGCAGUUCAAAGGAUUUAUCUUUUGGUAUACUAUCGUCGGUAAUAUCUGAAGGCUACAUACCAUGUUUGAAUUUGCUGACUGCUUUGACCUACGAAAUUGCAAAGAACCCUCAAAUGCAGAAGCGAGCCAGAAAUUCCGAUGAAUAUUUAGACGCGGUUGUUAAAGAAACCUUACGAAUGUAUCCCCCAUACUCAGUCAUAACUAGAAAAUGUGUGAAAACGUACAAAUUUUCUCAAAGCAAGGUUCUUGUUGACAAAGGGGUGACUGUGAAUGUUCCUGUUGAAGCUAUACAUAGAGAUGAUACUUACUUUAAGGAAGCAGAAGUAUUUAAACCAGAGAGAUUUUUAUAUGGGGCCGCGGUGAAUGGCUAUGCGUUCUUGCCUUUUGGUGCUGGCCCGAGAAAGUGUGUUGGUGAACAAAUAUCUCAACAAAUCGUACGCAGCGUCGCCGGAGCUCUAAUUAAGAGGUUCGAGAUUGAAACGAUAGAGAAUACCCCUAGCAAACUUCCGAUAACCGAUCAUAAUUUCGGUAGAGUCAUCGAUAUGGAUAUUUGGCUGCGGUUUAAACCGAUAGAUUGUUAAUUAAAUAAUGUAUUUAUUAUAUCUUAUAUCAAGUCUAACUCGCUACCUUUUUCUACUUUUGGUUGGUUGGUAAUAUUGACAAAACAUAACAAAAAAAAUUGUACUUUAUCUUUGUCGAGUUCUUAUGACAUUAAAAGGCUGUAAUUUUUAAGUAAUGUUAACAGAAAUAUUUUGUAUAGGUUCUUUUAGUUAUGAUACACAUAGGUACGGUUAGUACCCUAAUAGAUCAUCUUCUCUCGUGUGGAUUGUGAGAUCAAUGCCUGAACUCAUCAACCCUGGUGUCAGGGUUACUGUUGAGCCGCAAAAGGCCCUUGACAUGACUCAUGUAAGGAGUAGUCGCAUGCUAAGUACUUAUUUGG